UUACAUGUGGCCGCGGCCCCGCCUGGGGCAGCUAAAGCGACGUGUCCUUGUCCCCCGUGGGCAGCCCUGGUGAGUGCGGCCGCGGAUCCCCAGCUCCAAACACCACCCCCCUCAGAGCCUUCACCCCCUGGGAUAACCGGUCUGGAACCAUGAAGACCAAGGCGCGGCCCCCCAGGCGCCGGGUGGCUGCGCAGAGCACAGAGGCCACCCCAGGGGAUCAGACCCCCGACAGGGCCCCGCCGGACUCGGGGGCCCAGCUGGCCAGGAGCCUGCGGAGCAGGACAGCGCAGAAGCAGGGGGCCCGGGCCGAGGGCGGGCGCCGGCGGCAGGCGCCGGCGGGGGCGGCGGGCCGGCGGGAGAGCAGCAUCCAGCGGCGGCUGGAGAGCAACGAGCGGGAGCGGCAGCGCAUGCACACGCUGAACAACGCCUUCCAGGCGCUGCGCGAGGUCAUCCCCCACGUGCGCGCCGACAAGAAGCUCUCCAAGAUCGAGACCCUCACGCUGGCCAAGAACUACAUCAAGUCGCUGACGGCCACCAUCCUGACCAUGUCCAGCGGUCGCCUCCCGGGCCUGGACGGGCCGGGCCCUAAGCUCUACCAGCACUACCAGCAGCAGCAGCAGCAGCAACAGCAGCAGGCGGCGGCCGGGGGCGUGCUGGCUGCCGCCGAGUCCCAGCCCGCCGGCCACCUGCACAAGUACUCCACGCAGAUCCACAGCUUCCGCGAGGGCUCCUAGCGCCCGGCCCUGGUCCCACCAGAGCCCCGGGCUGGUGGGGACCCCCACGUGGAUGCAGCCCCAGCGGCUGCAUCUUCCCCGAACACUCAGCCGCCUUUCAGGAACUCAUCCUGGCCCCCCCAGGGGACCAGACCUGGCCAAGGCGGUGGCCCUGGGCGGCCGGAGGCCCGGAUGUUCGUGUAGCUGCCAGAACUUGUUGGCUUUCGCCUGACUAAGCAGGAGCCCACCGGCCUUGGUGACUAGACUGACCCUCUUCUCUCCUGAGUUCGCCCGGAGGCGGGGAGAUCCCAGGAAAAGGUGUCCGCGGUGGGUCUCCACACAUGUGCCCAAGGCCCAGGCCCGGAAGGGAAUCCCCCGCCCCUCAUUCAAGCGGAACGGAACCC